GCGUCGCUUGCGUGUUGGCGGCGCUACAUACUGCGCAUGCGCACGGCGCUCCGGUCUUUUUCCCCCAGCGCCGCCGGGCCCGCAGGUCUGUGUGGAGCCGCGGUCGCGGGUUGCUGUUCCGCAGGAUGGGGUUUGUGAAAGUUGUCAAGAAUAAGGCCUACUUUAAGAGAUACCAAGUGAGAUUUAGAAGGCGGCGAGAGGGUAAAACUGACUACUAUGCUCGGAAACGAUUGGUGAUCCAAGACAAAAAUAAGUACAACACACCCAAAUACAGGAUGAUAGUUCGUGUAACCAACAGAGAUAUCAUCUGCCAGAUUGCCUAUGCCCGUAUAGAAGGGGACAUGAUCGUGUGCGCAGCAUAUGCACACGAGCUGCCCAAGUACGGUGUGAAAGUCGGCCUGACAAAUUAUGCUGCGGCCUAUUGCACUGGCCUGCUGCUGGCCCGCAGGCUUCUCAAUAGGUUUGGUAUGGACAAGAUCUAUGAAGGCCAAGUGGAGGUGACUGGAGAUGAAUACAAUGUGGAAAGCAUUGAUGGUCAGCCUGGUGCCUUCACUUGCUAUUUGGAUGCAGGUCUUGCCCGAACUACAACUGGCAAUAAAGUUUUUGGGGCCCUGAAGGGAGCUGUGGAUGGAGGCUUGUCUAUUCCUCAUAGUACCAAACGAUUCCCUGGUUAUGAUUCUGAAAGCAAGGAGUUCAACGCAGAAGUACACCGUAAGCACAUCAUGGGUCAGAAUGUCGCAGACUACAUGCGCUACCUGAUGGAGGAAGACGAAGAUGCUUAUAAGAAACAGUUCUCUCAGUACCUCAAGAACAACGUGACUCCAGACAUGGAGGAGAUGUAUAAGAAAGCUCAUGCUGCUAUCCGAGAGAAUCCAGUCUAUGAGAAGAAGCCCAAGAGAGAAGUGAAGAAGAAGAGGUGGAACCGACCCAAAAUGUCUCUUGCCCAGAAGAAAGAUCGGGUUGCUCAAAAGAAGGCAAGCUUCCUCAGAGCUCAGGAAAGGGCUGCUGAGAGCUAAAGCAAUUUUCUAUGAAGAUUUUUUCAUAAAGAUAAUAAACUUAUUGACUAAGCAGCCAUUUCUGUGUUGGUUAAGCUGUUAUUAUGAAACUGUAGGGGAUAGCAUGAAGGCAUGAAAGCCAAGGAGUGGAGUUCAGAUCCACCUGCCUUUGCUGGGAUUAAGGGCAAGUAACACCACACCUGGCUGAGAAUUUUUUUCCUCCCACAAAACAAGCUUAGUUUUUGGUUUUUUUUCCCCCAGAAAAAUCCAGCAGAGCUCUUGGGUUUCUAGUCUUUCUGGAAGGAGUCACUAUCUUUUAGCGUGUCAAAUCUGGUAAGCAACAGACCCAUGACAAUUCAGUUGAAUGACAAUGAAGUUCACAGAUUUAACCAUUUGAGCCGAAAGGGUUGUGGCUUUUCUAGUUUUCAUUUUACGCAGCUGUUGAAAGGUAUGUGUCAGACCUGAAUAUACAUAGGAAAAUAAGUUGGAAGGGUCAAAUACUAAACCUUGAAUUUACAAGGGAAAGAACUAGGUGAUACAUUUAUGCCACAAGAAGUAAAAAUUGUCUUCCGUGAUUUAUACCAGUCUGGAUUUAUCUGUAUAUCAGCUGAGGUGGUUCAGGUUUUGAUCAUCUCUGGUCUCAAAAUGUCAGGCUCUGCUUUGUGGAACUUGGGACUUCACAAAAAGUCACUGCAUCCCCAGCCUAAGAUGUCUGUUGGCUGGUGAUUUCUAAGAUGAUACCAUCAGAUUUGAUUUCAGUACAGUGGUAACUGCAUGUUAACAUGUGGAAUACAUGGUGAAGCUAAGUCACUCAAACCGUUUCCUACAUCUGAAGUUAAACUGUGUAAGUAUAAUACAAUAAACCAUGCUAUAAACCCAACCUUUUAAUAAAAGGAGUCAUUUUAAUUUA